AUGACAGGAAAAAGCCGGACACACCUGAUGACCAUCCUUCAGGAAGAGAGCGAGUCCUUGCGAGAGUUUGUGGGGAGAUUCAUGUUGGAAAAGAUCAAAGUCCCCGACUAUUCUGACGACGUGGCCAGAAUGACGUUCAUGGUAGCCGUAAACAAUCUCGACCUGAUCCAGUCUUACGCGCUGCAGCCUACCCAUACGUACAGCGAGGCAAUCCAGAGGGCCAGACAACACAUGCAUGCCAAAGACAUGCUCAAGGCUAAACAUCUACAGUACCAAACCAUGACUUCAAAAUACAACCGCAGUCGAAGUAGUGAUUCUUAUCUGAAAAAGGACCACUCCAACAAGGGUGACCACAAGCGGGCAAAUCAAGACAAUCGACCUUCACUACCUCGAACAGUGACAGUACCCAAUAGGCGAUUACGCGAGUUCGAUCAGUAUACACCUCUCAACGUCCCUAUAGCAGAGAUCCUAGCCAACAUAGAAAGCAGAGACUUGCAUACAAUGCUGGAAAAACCGGGAAAGAUGAAACUGAGUCUUGACAAGAGAAGUCGGAACAAGUACUGUCGGUUUCAUAGAGACCACGACCACGACACCUCCCAGUGCUAUAGAGAUCAGAUCGAGGAUUUGAUUCGAAAAUGUCACCUGAAAAAAUAUGUCGGGAAGAAGGACGCGUGCUCAUGGUCAGGAAAAAGAAAGUAUGACAGGAUGGACAGGGGCGACGAGGACCCCUCGUCAACACCAAAGAAAAGAGACGAGGGAAAACGUCCAGUGGUCAUAAAUACGAUCUUCAGUGGCCCUAGUGGCAGACAAUCUGGAAACAAGCGGAAGGCCCUGGUCCGGGAAGCACAACACGAAGUAAAUAGUACCUCCCACGCCAAGCCUGUGCCCGCUAUAACCUUCCACACGACAGAUUCGGAAGGGAUCCAUAUACCACAUAAUGAUGCAUUAGUCAUUGCUCCUAUAAUCGACAAUGUACGGGUGAAGAGGGUAUUGGUAGAUGGAGGGGCAUCUACCAACGUGUUAUCCUUCUCAACGUAUUUGGCCUUGGGAUUGGAGAGGACGCAACUGAAGUAG